UUUCUGAUUCUUUUUGACCAGACCACACAACAACAGAACUAACUACCUUCUUGAGUUUUCUGACUAUUGUCGCCGCAAAAAAAAAAAAAAACCAUUUUAGACCUUUGAAACCCUUUCCUCCUCCUUCUCCUUCAACACCUUAACCAAUGGAAGCAAAGCUCACGCCACAAUGCUAGCUCACCAGGGUCUUAUAACUGACAUCGACAGAGAUAGCAUUCUGCAAGGACUCGAUGAGAUUGAGAGAAAGAUUGAAGGAGAUCUGUUUGAAUGGAGGACUGACAGAGAGAAUGUGCACAUGAACAUUAAAGCAGCUCUUACUGAUCUAAUCGGUGAACCUGCUAAGAAACUUCACACAGCUCGCAGCAGAAACGAUCAGGUUGCUACUGAUUUCAGGCUUUGGUGUCGUGACGCUAUCGAUACGAUUAUCGUCAAGAUCAAGCAUCUUCAGAUGGCUCUAGUUCAGCUGGCGUUUAAUAACAACGAGGAUUUGAUUGUUCCUGGUUAUUAUACUCAUUUCCAGAGGGCUCAGCCUGUUUUGCUCCAACACGUUCUAUUAACUUAUGUAGAACAGCUUGAACGUGAUGCUGGUCGUUAUAUUGACUGUCGAGAGAGGAUAAAUUUUCUGUCCCCUAGGAGCUUGUGCUUUGGCUGUAACUGGUCUGCCUAUUGAUAGGUUUAUGACUGUAAGUGCUCUUGGAUUCACCGAACCAAUGAGAAACAGGUUUGUUUCCUAGUUCUCCGUGUGCUUCCAUUAUUACAAUUCUUGCUUGUUCCUCAAUAAACAAGGUUCUUUUGCUCCUUUAUUUCAACUAGCAUCGAUGCAGUUUCAGACAGAGACUUCGUGUUGGAGUUUCUAUACGCAAACUCCAACACAGCCAUCCAUCUUAUCACGUCUUGGAGAAGAGUUGGUACUCUGGGCCUCUGUGGAGUUCUUUUUUUUUCACAACACCAACUCGUUUCAUUAAAUAAUGGGCCCGUUAAAUGUAAUAAAAUGAUUCUUAUUAUGCAAAUUUAAUGGAACAUAAAAAGACUUAUAUAUUAAUCUUAUUAUAUGAAGUUUGCUCCAAAAGAAAAAAUUAUUUUGAACAAAAUGAUAAAUUAGGUUUCUAUAAUUGUCAACAUGUUUCGUACAUUAUCAAUCAAAACGACUCAACAAAGAAACAUGAUUAAAAAAAAAGAUUAAUAUCGGUCUUGAUUAAACGAGCUGGUUGAAAGUUUUAACACAAUGUAAUCCGAAAAAAACACUAAUAAUAAUAAUAAUACACGAUCAUAAUCUAAAAUUGAAAACAGAGAAACAUCUUAA